AUGCCAGUCAGCGGCAUCUUGCGCGACCUUUACGGCCUCAAGCGCCCGUCGUAUCCAAGGCAGGAAGAGGUGACGCAGUUGUAUGACAACCAGCUGAAGCAAUGGCAUGAUGACUUAGGCGAUUUUCUUGAAAUAACGAAGACUGAACUUAUGAUGCCAAUCUUUCGCCGACAACACACGGUCCUACAACUGGCCUAUUCGCAUGCCAUCAUCCUACUUCAUCGACAGGCUCUACUGACAAAGCCUUCUACGUCUAAUAUUAACCAUGAAAAUGCAAGCCGAAUGAGUCUGCAGUAUAGUACUGGGAGAUGCUUAGAUGCAGCGACCGCAAUUGUCACGAAACUUAGGGAGCUUAUCCUAAAACAGGAGAUGUAUUCCGCAUACUGGGCACGUAAAGUCUCAUUGUGUACUGCGAGAAAAGCGCUAACAUAUGUGCAGUUUACUCACUACUACGUGUUCUCUGCGCUCGUUGCACUCUAUGUGUAUGCUGUACAGAGCCGCUCAAAAGCGUCUCACAUCUGGAAAAGGCACCUGGACCUCGCGCAGCAAGGUCUGAGCGAUCUAGCAGCAUGCUCUACUGACAUGACAUAUGCACAAAGAUAUGUCGUGGUUCUUACAGAGCUUCAGAAUGAAGCCAUGAAGCCGAUUGAGGAAGGAAACCGGUCAGCAGUACCUGCCAAUGAAGCCCUGCCGUCAUGUGAACGGCUUUGUCCAGCGCCAGGAGAUAUCUCGGGCACCGAACUAGGCUCGCAUGCUAUCUUAUCUGUCUCCGAGGAUGGAGCGGUGUCUUCCCAAGAAAUCGCAAUAGACACUGAUCUUGACAACUACGUACCUAGGGACUCAAUUCGUCGUGGCCAGCAUGAUGUCUACGAUAGCACUGACGACCCAUGGGCUCUUCAGACACUCGAAAACCGUGAAGCCUUCCGAAGCCUUGGCAUAGAAGGACUUGCGGAUCUAUCAUUCAUGUUUUCAACCGAGAAUACUGAUACGCUUCAAAUUGAUGAAGGAAUUUUCUAG